CGAGCUGUGACAAGUUUCCUGCUGAAGACACACUGAAGACUUAUUGGGAGGAGAACCGUAAAUCACUGGUCAACUACAUAGAACAGGUGCAUCGUGGUGUGAAGGGCUUUGUGCGUGACCAUCAGGGUGGAGCCAUCUUUAACGCCUCCAUCUCAGUGGAGGGCAUCGACCAUGACAUCACUACAGCUAAGGACGGAGACUACUGGCGUCUCCUGGCAGCAGGGAACUACAAGGUAUCUGCCUAUGCUCCAGGUUACUUGACUGUCAUCAAGAAGGUGGCUGUCCCCUACAGUCCUGCUAUUAGGGUGGACUUUGAGCUGGAGUCCUUGGUAGAGAGGAAGGAAGAGGAAAAGGAGGAGCUGAUGGACUGGUGGAAGAUGACAUGUCAGAGACACUCAACUUCUGAACACUCUGAUUGGUCCAUAGGGCCACUGGCACGUCUGAUUGGUUGACAGGUUGAUUGAUGUGUCUACAAAUGGGUGUACUAUAUUGUGUGUUGUCCCGCCCACUGUACAGGUCUU